AUGGAGGCCCAUGGAAGAAGUGCGGCCGACCGGGCGCCCCCGCUGGGCGGCCGCCUGCUGCUGGUGGACACCGUGGAUGCCGAGCAGGAGGUUCCCGUAGAAGGCUGGAUUGCAGUGGCAUACGUGGGCAAGGAGCAGGCGGCCCAGAUUCACCAGGAGAGUCAGGGCAGCGGCCCACAGGCCUAUCCCAAGGCCCUGGUCCAGCAGAUGCGGAGGGCGCUCUUCCUGGGAGCCUCUGCCCUGCUCCUCCUCAUCCUGAACCACAACGUGGUCCGAGAGCUGGACAUCUCUCAGCUUCUUCUCAGGCCGGUGAUUGUCCUCCAUUAUUCUUCCAACGCCACCAAGCUGUUGGAGGCUCUGCUACAGAGGACCCAGGCCACAGCUGAGAUCACCAGUGGAGAGUCCCUGUCUGCCAACAUUGAGUGGAAGCUGACCCUGUGGACCACCUGUGGCCUCUCCAAGGACGGCUACGGAGGAUGGCAAGACUUGGUGUGCCUGGGAGGCAGUCGGGCCCAGGAGCAGAAGCCUUUGCAGCAGCUGUGGAAUGCCAUCCUGCUAGUGGCCAUGCUCCUGUGCACAGGCCUCGUGGUCCAGGCUCAGCGGCAGGCGUCCCGGCAGAGCCAGCGGGAACCCGGAGGCCAGGUGGACCUGCUCAAGCGCCGGGUGGUGCGGAGGCUGGCAUCCCUCAAGACCCGGCGUUGCCGGCUGGGCAGGGCGGCGCAGGGCCCCCUGGAGCCUGGGGCCGACACCUGUGCCGUGUGCCUGGACUACUUCUGCAACAAGCAGUGGCUCCGGGUGCUGCCCUGUAAGCAUGAGUUUCACCGAGACUGUGUGGAUCCCUGGCUGAUGCUCCAGCAGACCUGCCCACUGUGCAAAUUCAACGUCCUUGGGAACCACUACUCAGAUGACUAGCUGCCAGAGCUGGGUCUCUGCCCUUGGGAAAGGGACCCCCUGCCUGCACCCUGGCCCUCAACCUGGGUGCCUUGAACAGGACAGCAGAGGGGAAGGACAGAAAGCCCUGCGGGUGGGCGGGAGGAGGAACAGAGGCUGCCUCCGCUAAGGGACAUGGCACCCCACCACAUCCUCACGGGGAAGGAGGGGCCACGGCGCCCAGGCUGCGGAUGCAGGGCCUGGACCCAGCAGGAAGAGAGGCUGCUUUGGGGCCCUUCUUUGCCAUCCUGGGGUGUCUGUGUGGUCCUCUUCAGACAGCUCCCGGGACCCCGGGCAGGGGUCUAGGGAAGAGGAUGUGGGCAAUGUAGCUGUUCCCAGGGCUCUGGGAGCUCCCUGGUCUGUCAGGGUGUCCUUGGGAGCUGAGGCUGCAGGGGCCGGGUUUUGUGCUUAUUUAUUGGGGGGUGGGCUGCGGGAGGAGCCUCCUGGCCUUGGGGGUGCCCUAGCCUGACCAUCUUUCGGAACACAUCUUGGUCAAGGCUAUGAUACUAACCCUAGAGGCCCUCCCACUGCCUGCUGCCCUCGGUCCUUGGGCACUGGGAGCCGGAGGUCCCACAGCCUGUCCAGCCGGGCUCCCUUCCUGGGCCCUCCUGGGCCCAGAGGCCUUAGAAACCAUCUAGUCCUGUGCUUCUCAGAGGGGCUACAGGUUGCUGACCAGGAUACUUGAAGCCACAGGAUAAAUGUGGUACAUCUUCCAGGGGCAUCCUUCUUUUUUAGAUUUAGGCUAGGGAAAGUUUAAUAUUAAAAUAAACAUGGAUAUAUUUUAACAUAAGAUG